AUGGCCACAACCAAGUGGGUGCCAUUAUCCAAAAUAGCUCACGGUAUAGCCAUUUCACCUUUUACUCCAACUUCAACUUCAACAACAACUUCAACUUCUUCACAUUCACGUCCAAUUACUGUUUAUUCAACUUUACAAUCACCUACCAAUGAUAUAAACUCUCAUCGUCUUUCUACUGCUUCAUCUGAUACUUCUUAUUCAAGUAUUAUUGACUCUACGUGUUUGGUUCCAUUAGAAGUGGGUGAUGAACUUUAUAUCUUUGAACAAUGUGGUGCUUGGUAUCGUGGUUAUGUACUUAGUUCUUUGGAAGAAGGUAGAAAACCAAACAAAGCUCCAAAUGGUAUAUUUCCUGCUACUCAUGUUCAAAUCAAAGAAUAUGUCGAUUUCAACUCUUCUGAUCAACAAUUCCCUACAACAACAACAACAACAAAUGAUAUAUUACCAUUAUCACCUAGUUCUUCUAUUUCAGAUGUCAUGUCUCGCUCUCCUUCAACUUCUCACUUGGAUCCUAAUACCACUCUUGCUCCUACUUCAAAUCCUGGUUAUACAUCAACAACUACUGGUUCACGACCUUCUAGUGGUCUUGAUAUUGACAACAAUAUUUCAUCUCCAAUAAUUGAUCUUCAAUUUCAUCAACAUUAUCAACGAAUUCGUAGUCGAUCAACAACAACUGUAGAAACUGAUCAGGAUCAAGUACAAUUAAAGCGACCUCCACCUCCUUCUUUACCAAUGAUUCGUUUCGAUCAAUCUACUGUUACAGGUGCUGAUGAACCAUUAGUUGAUGAAAUUGCCGCUUGUGUUACUCGUCGACAACUUUUGGAUCAAGCUCUCUCUAGAGAAGAACUGGCUCGCCUUCGAAAAGAAAUUAUUCAACGUAUGGUCACAAUGAAUAUAUCGCAAUAUAGGGAAAUGAUCAUACGCCACCCUGAACGAGGUUUUAUUUUGGAUAUCGAUAGUACAUCAGUCGCCACUUUAUAUUUUAUGCACUGGAAAUACACCAUUUCUGAACAAGUUCCUAUCACUGCUCUCUUUCCUCCUUCCUUCUUAUCAUCAUCUACUUCAACAUCAUCAACAACAACAGCAACAACAUCAUCAUCAUCCUCACAAGAAUCACCUGAUCAAACUCAGUCAAGUAAUAACAAAACCUCUUCAACAACCAGACAAACUUCUCCUCGACCUCAUCUCAAGAAAAAAAGAGCAUACUAUCAUUACAAAGGUGGCGAAUUCCAUCAUUUAUUUUUCGAUCUCAAGGCAUGUGUGGCUCAUAUCUGUCAACCUGGUGAAUGGACUGAAUUACGAUUUUCCUUAUAUUCUUCAAAUCAAGCAAAAUUCAUCACUGAACAAUUCGUGGUUCAUCUCAACUAUAAUGGUAUGCCCAAGGAUGAACGUCAAAUUGGGAAACUACAAUCUUUAUUUGUGGAUUUGGGUGCUCAAGAUUUGAAUGAACAUCUUUACCUCGUUUGUUACAUCUUUCGAUUGGGAGGCAUGAAGUUUAUAGACAAGGAAAAGGAUACUAUCAGCUCUUUGGGAAGAAAUGGAGGUGGCUAUUUUGAUCAUAGUAGUCGACAUCAUCAAUCUCAACAAUCGUCUUCUUCAACUUCUCAUGAAUCAACUACUCUUCCUUCACUGGCUCAUACCAAUCUCUUCCGAAGACCAUUUGGAUGUGCGGUUUUGAAUGUAGGAUCAAGCAACAACUCUGGUUACUAUCACAUCUCGCCUUCGGAGCAUGACAUGCGUAUUUAUACACCAACUUCUGAAUCUACUUUUGCACAUUUACAUGAAGAUAUCAUUUGGGACAAUCAAAAAGAGGUGACUCAGAAUCCUCGUGCGGAAAUGGUUUGUGUUUUUUUACGAAUGUUUUAUGGACAACGGGAUGAAGUACUCAAGGCAAAUGCAGCGCUAUUACAAGAUAUUCCAUUGACAGCCCGGAUUGGUUUUCCUGACGUGGUGUUUCCUGAUGAUGAACGUAAUGAAUUGUAUAUCACAUUGAACUCUGGUGAUUUUGCUCAUUUUGGUCGAACAAGAAAUAUUCAAGUCAUUAUUUGUGUACGAGACAAUCAGACUGGUGAAGUGGUGGAAAUGGGUGUAGCUGUAGGAUCAGGGACUCCAAUGGCAUCUACAUGGGAAAGUGCUAUUUAUUAUCAUGACAUGAAACCUACUUGGAAUGAAAUGGUCAAGGUCAAGAUUAGUGAUAUUCAAGUAUGGCAACGAUCUCAUAUCUUUUUGGUAGUCAAACAUCGAAGUCGUCAUGGUGGCGGUGCAAGUUCAAUGCUAAGCAACAAUAAUAAUAUCAGUGGUGGUAGUCAUCAUGGUUCAACAAGUGUAGGUGUCUCCUCUCCUUUGGCAAGAAUGACGGUAGAAGGCAAUACAUCAUCUUCAGACAAAAUCUUGGCUAUGGGAUAUAUACCCUUAUUUAUUCCUCCUUUGUCACACGAUUUUGUGGCAGAUGGUACACAUACCCUGUGUUUGUACAAGUAUGAUCGACAGCUACUUCAUCCAUCAUCCUAUUUUGGUGUUGUCCCUUGGUGUAAUCAAUCAACUUCACCAUCCAAUAUGCAAGGUCAAGAAAGUAUGUUAACAGCCAUUCAUCAAGCAAAUCGUCAACGAUCUGUUGGUCAACAUUAUGCAAAUACAAGUCAUUCUAGUGUGAAGAGCAACGGAGGCAACUCAAUCAAAAAUAUUCCUCUAUUUCCUCAUGGAUUUCAACAACAUCCUUCUCAUUCAACAACGACAACGGGAAUGACCGGUGUGGAAAGUAGUGCGACCAUCUCAAGUCAUGCAAAUUCGUCAAUAUCUUAUAGUUCUAGUGGUACAACAAGUCGACCUCAUGCCAUCCGUGAUUCUUUGAUUAUAUCAACCUUUUUAUGCUCAACUCGAUUUACUCAAAAUGCAACAUUAGUACAAUUGAUCAACUGGAGAUCUACUGUGGAAGAGAGUAAUUUCGGUAAAUCUGUUAUUGAAUCCGUGGAUGAAUUAUUGGUUAUGCUGGACAAGUUUACUUUUGUGGGUGAACAAGAAGUGGUCAAGUUUUUGGCAGAUAUCUUUGAUGCUCUUUUGGAUAUUUUGGUCUAUCGUGUGCCGGACAAUAUCGAAAAACAAAAUGCCCUUCAUGAUCAAGUGAUUGUUGCUAUCAUUUGGCUACUCAGUAUUGUUCAAGAUCGACGAUUCAGCAACUUCCGACCGGUAUUGAAUGUUUAUAUCAAUCAAAGGUUCUACUGUUCUGAUGAUGAUAGCAAUGAUGAUGAUUACGACAAUGACAAUGGAGAUGAUACCCGUGAUGGUUAUCAAUUAUAUACAUCGUACCGUUAUCGAUUGAAACACAACAAGUCUCUUAGACGCAAAAUGACACUGGAUGAAACGACCUACAACCAAUUAUUGAAAGGCUUGAUUCGACUUUCGACCGAUCCUAGUGAUAUCACCAAGGCCAAACAAUUAAGAAGUAGUAUCAAGGUAUGGGAAUAUCUCUUCCGAUUUAUUGAACGAUCAAGAGAAAUGCAACGCAACAAUGAAGAUCAAGCGGAACAUGAACUACGGGAAUUGAUGUACAAGCAAGAUUUACAACAAUUCUUUGAUUUGGCAACAAAAAUGAUGGGACCUGAUCAACCAAGUUCAAUGAUUGGUACACAAACGUUGAUACUGCAGCAUUUCAGUGAAGCCAUUACAGAAAUUAAGGAAACUUACUCGACCAAAGAAAUAAUGCAAAUCAUCUCAAAUUUGGUGGAUGCCUGCUCUCAUGUCACUGGUAAAUUGGUUGGAUUCAAACUCUCAAUGAUUUUAUCAAUAAUCAAGGCGCCGAUCUUCAGCGACAAGAUGUGUUGUUAUGAAUUGGGAAGUCGUGUUGUUGGAUGGAUCAGUGUUUGGCUCAAUUCUUAUAUGACGGUGGCAAAGGAAGUGAUUUUUGCUCGUACAGCUUUGGAUGGCAACAACAAUCAAGCUGAAGAUUAUCAUCAACAAACCAGAUUACCUCGUGCUCAAUGGCUUGAAAAUCUACGACUGUCAUUGACAAUUAUACAUGAACUCUUGGAUAAGAUACGAAAGGUGCGUGGCCUCUCUAUGCCUGGACUCUCCUCAUCAGCUGUUCUAUCAUCUCCUCCUAUCAAUGCGACAUCUUCAGCAUCAUCCUCAACUCCUUCUCAAACAAGACCAGUAUCAAUGUCAACCUUAGGCAUUAGUUCACCUGCUACUGGUUCUCUGACUUCACUUACAGGUGCAUUGGGUCAACUGGUACCACAAUUACUUCAAACAUACAAGGAUUUACAACGACUUACCAAUCAAGCUAUUCAAGCAACCACACCGUUGACAUCUUCGACUUCUGGCAAUAAAACUAUGUCAUCAGCAACAAAUAAGGAUAUACAACAGACAUUACCAUCUGGUACUGCAAGACCAAAUUCGCGACACUCUCUGACAGUUUUACGGGAACGUGCAAAUUCAAUUCGUGGAGGAUUACCUCAGGUGGUAGAAAAUGGACCAAGUAGUACAUUUACGGAUCAUCAAGGAUCUAGCGCUCACAAAACUACAACUUCUUUUCCGGUGGUGUUACAAGCACUGGCUACUUCACCAACAAGACCUUUUCCUUCUGUAUUUCCUUUUCAAGCAAAUACGACAUCUGAUGCAGCAUUAAUGGCAGGUUCUGAUUUGGCGGCAAUGGUGGCAUCUGGACUAAUGGAUUUGACAGUUGUACUCUUGGACUUGUUACACUUAACUCCAGCGAAACAAUGGAUGAAUCUAACAUACAACGUAUCUUCAACAAACAAAGCAAAUAUAGCAACUGAUACUAGUGGUGUUAGUGGACCUGAAGGAACAGCUGAUUAUCUCUGCACUUUGUGUUUCGUGUGUAUGUCUAUUCUCUUUGGUGACGAUGUUCACAAGUUGAAUGAAUCUCGUGGAACUUUGGUUGGUUAUGAUGCACUACAAGAUGAUCCUACUCGUGAACGGCGGAAAUGGCCCAAGAACUGGUUGAAUCUGGAUGUGGUGGCUCACAAGAUUGUUUUAUUGGACGUGAUGACUCCUAUGAUUGCGUUACUGGGUACGGAAACUUUUCUUCCCAAACAACAAGUACCUAUGGAUAAUCAUUUUGGUGAUAAAAAAGAUAUUCCAACUCAUUCUUCUCCUGAUACUGAUAUUAUGGUGCGAUUAUGGCGAACGGUAUUUAUGUCUCUGGUACGUGUUUUAGCAAGUCCAUCUUUGGAAGUGGAAACGUUAUUACCUCAAGCACAAAGAGCGGUCUGGAAAUUAGCUGGUAACAUCCGUGGGGAACAAGGUACGGCUGCCUUGAAGCAAUUGUGGGAGUUAGCAGGAUCAAGUUGGAAUGCAGUAGGUACUUUGAAAAAACAACCAUCAGGCGAUCAACAACAUGAAAAAUCAAAGGAUCUCAAGAUGAAACCACAGCUUUUGGCUUACUUUGAUCAUCAUGGCAAUGCAAGUCGUGAAGGAGGUGAUGGUUUAUCGGAAUUCUCUACUGAUGAUGAUUCUGGUGAUGAUGAAGGUAGUAAGGAUGAAACCAAACAAGUCGAUGAUGAUAUACCACCAUUGGAUGACAACAAGGAACAAAAAAAAAGAGAUGUACGACAACCUCUUCCACGUUAUACUGCUACUCAAAUACAUUUGGAUCUGAUGCCGGUAUUAUUACGACCUCUUUGUUCUGCCAGUCUUACACUUCAUGACAAGUUACGCUCUACAACGGUUGGUAUGAUUGCUGAUUUGAUUGCGAUCCACAUGCCGAAAUCAUACGAUCCAACUGAAGGACGAAAUCUGCUGAUUGGAACUAUUGACAAGCUAGUGAUGACUUAUGAAAAAGGAAGUGAUGAAAUCCGAGUGAAAUGGGUGAUGGAAUUGAAUCAAGCACUCCAGGCGCGACUGACAACGGAAAAGGAACAGGAAUGGGGUCGUAGUGUUGUGAAUUCUUUGGACAAUCUAAUGGAACUCUUACUUCAGAUUCGCUCGUUACCCAUGGAUAGUGCUGAAUUUAUGGAUGAACGUAUCAACGCAACGCUCAAACUGAUGAAGUUUAUUCAAGUAUGUGAACGACAAGAAAUCUAUAUCAAAUAUGUGCAUCAAUUGGUGGAUCUUCAUUUAAAUAGUCACAAUUAUGUAGAGGCUGCAUUGACUCUUCGUUUCCAUGCUGAUUUGAUGCCUUGGGAUCCUUAUGGUGAAGUGGAAGCUAUUCCUGAACUUGGAUUUGAUGCUCAAAGUCCUUUUGCUCGAAAACGUAGACUAUAUGAUACGAUGUUGACAUAUUUGGACAAAGGUACAGCUUGGGAAUUAUGUGUUGAUCUAUGUCGAGAACUCUGUGAUCAAUAUGCUCUCACCAUAUCAGAUUAUCAUAGCUGUAGCAACACUUUACGGCGACAGGCAACCUUUUUGGAAAACAUUGUAAACAAGGAACGGUACUUCUCUGAAUACUUCCGUGUAGGAUUCUAUGGUCGUGGAUUUCCAGCCAGUAUUCGAAAUCAACAAUUUAUCUAUCGUGGUAUGGCUUGGGAAAAGAUGGCUUCUUUUGUAGAACGGAUGCAAAACCGUCAUCCAAAUGCGCAAGUACUUUCUGGGAAAAUGGCAUCAUCUUGUGUACUAUCUGAUGAACAAGUUCGUGAAUUGGAAUCAGAAUUGGAUGGUCAAUAUAUGCAAAUUACGGCGGUGACUCCAGUGAUGAAUCCUCAAGCAAAUCCUGUACUGACAAAUCCUUUGGUGGAUGAAAAAGUACUCAAGUACUAUCACUCCAAUAAUGUAUCUCAAUUUACCUAUUCAAGACCCGUGACUCGACAUGAUGAUGACAAUGGCAAUGACGAUAAUCAAGAUGGAAAUGAACAAGAAAAUAUGGAUGGCGAUGAUACCUCUGAUCUUAUAGAACCACCUAUUCUAUCGAAGCAAGAAUUGGACUUUUUACAUCUUUGGACUGAAAAAACAACAUUUACCAGUGAAGACUCGUUCCCCACCAUUGCUCUACGAUCCAAGAUCUUGUCGAUUGAAUUGGAGGAAAUCUCACCUAUCGAAAAUGCUGUGGAUGCCAUGAUCAAGAAGACACAUGAAUUGGUGAAUUUGGAAAAGAAAUAUGAAGUGUAUGUAGACAAUCCCCAGGUACCUUUCAACCUCAAUCCUUUCUCGAUGGCUUUAAAUGGUGCUGUUGAUGCUCCUGUCAAUGGUGGUGUUCCUCUUUACAAGAAAGCCUUUUUAUCUCCUUAUUAUGGAAAGAAACAUCCUCAUAUGCGUCCGUGGAUUACCCAAUUGAAAAAGGCAAUCGAUGAACAGGUGGUUGUCAUCGAUCGAUGUUUGGAUACUCAUAACAAACUCGUCAGCAAUGAUAUGAAACCUUUCCAUAGCAACUUGGUGGAAUUGUACAAGAAAAACUUUGUAGAUGACAUCAGUCAACUGAAAAGACGUGGGACGACCUUCAAAUCAGCAGCAUCAUCGACAGGAGCAACAUCAGUGAAGGGAGAAAAUAUAAAAGAGAAAACCAAUCCAUCAUCACCUAGUCGAGUUAAUCUUACAUCAAGUGCGUCACACAGUAGUCUUCACAACACAAAUCGUCGAAGUUCAUCUUUAUUCCGAGAAAUGGAACGACCAUUAAUGAUGAAGUCCAGGACAAAUUCGAUUACACAACCUCAACAAACUGUGGGAUCAUCUACUCCAACUAGUAAUGCGCCAGCUGGUACGUUUUCAUCACUCAUGUCCCCAAAAUCAUCUAGUAGUUUUGCCAUUCCAACUGUACAUGAAGAACACAUCCCCCGCUCGAACGAUAGACUUCCAUCAUCAUCAACUGGGCGAACGACAACAGCAAAUACGCCAUUAAUGGAUCGGGAAAGUGAAAAUGAAUCUAUAACCAUGUCAGCACCAACAUCACCUAUUCAUCCAAAUGAUCAUAUUCCGUUUACAAAAUCUGAAAGUAGUGGAUUAUCCAAAAGUUUGAAAAUGUCGAUCCGAAAAGCGACACGAAAAGCAACUACUUACAACAACAAAUAG